GCGGAGCGGAGCGGAGCGGCCGCCCCCCCCUCCCAUGUCGCUGCCUGUGGUGCUGCCGGGCUCCUGCUGCCCCAUGGCCGGGCUCUCCGCUGCGCUUCAGGCAGCGGCUCCCGGCCCCGCCACCUCUCCGGCCCCGCCGCUGCCGCCUCUCCGGCGCUUCCAGCACUAUCGGCCUCCCCCGGCGGCGCUCUCCCCUCUGUCCGCCCGCCGGGCCGCCGCCGCCGGGGCCCACGGGCUGCUGCCAGCCAGACCGCUACUGUCCCUGGGGCUGCUGCAGCUCAUCCUGGGCUGCUGCAUGGUGGCGCUGAGCUUCGGGGCGCUGUCCCUCAGCGGCUCCCCGCAGGUGAAGAACUCCUGCCCCUUCUGGGCUGGCUCCUCGGUGAUCUUGUCCGGAAUCAUAGGAUUAACUACGUGGAAGAGACCAGUGGUACUUUUGGUUAACCUGUUUGUUUUGCUGUCUGUUGUCUGUGUUCUUUUGAACCUGGCUGGAUUUAUCCUAGGAUGUCAAGGUGCUCAGUUUGUGUCCAGUGUACCAAGAUGUGACCUGGUGGACCUAGGUGAAAGCAAGAUUUGUUUCUGCUGUGAAGAGUUUCACCCAGCCAAAUGCACAGAGAAAGAGAAUGCAUUGAAGCUGUACCCAGUCCAGUCAUGUAGCGCUGUUCACCUUCUACUCAAGAAAGUUCUCUUUGCUCUGUGUGCCCUCAACGCUCUGACAACCACAGUAUGCUUGGUAGCAGCUGCCCUGCGUUACUUGCAGAUAUUUGCAACAAGAAGAUCCUGCAUAGAUGAAUCUCAGGUGUCUGUAGAGGAAAUUGAAGAACAAGGCCGCAUUUCUGAUCCUGAGGACUUUGUACCACCUGUGCCACCUCCAUCAUAUUUUGCUACGUUCUACUCUUGCACACCCAGAAUGAAUCGCAGGAUGCUUGGAUCGGAUGUUAUUCCAUUACCACAUAUUUAUGGAGCUAGAAUUAAAGGAGUUGAAGUGUUCUGUCCUUUGGAUCCCCCUCCUCCAUAUGAAGCUGUGGUGAGCCAGAUCAGUCGUGAGCAGGGAGGUGCAUUCCAAAUUCCAGAUGUGGCAGAAGCUGUUGUUGGGCCACCAGAACCAAACGAUACACAAGUCUCUCAAGUAGGUGGGGAUAUUCCUGACUCUUCCAAUAGAGAGAGCCUUUCAACUUCAAAUCCGAGCUCAGUGCCUGCAGAACAAAAGCCUGCAUGCAAGAGAGCCUUCAACCCUCUGAGGAAGAGAUCAAAAAGCGACCCUGUGCUACACGGCUUGCCACCUAGAGGUCCGGUACUGAGCUGUGAAGCUGCAACUCAGACUGAAUUAAAACCAAAACUGGCCACUGUCAUUUUGCGAAAAGGUUUAAGAGCAAGAGCUUUGAAAGCAAGACCCCGGUCGUUGGUAGACUACAAGUCAUACAUAGACACUAAGCUGCUUGUGGCAAGGUUCCUAGAGCAGUCCUCCUGCAGUAUGACCCCUGACAUACACGAACUGGUGGAAAAUAUCAAAUCUGUUUUAAAGUCGGACGAAGAACACAUGGAGGAAGCCAUCACCAGUGCCAGCUUCCUGGAGCAGGUUAUGACUCCAGCUCAGCCAUCUACAUCAAGGACACAUACACUCCCAUUUAGAAGACACCCAGGACUGCUGCACCUAGAGAUCUGUGGUGAUCUGAGUACUUUCACUACAUCAGAAAACCAGGUAGCAGAGAGGAAAACCCAGAGACUAGAGCACGAACGGCCCCAUAGUCUCAUUGGAGUUGUACGGGAAACUGUGCUCUGACUUGGUCUUGUUGCUUAUCUGAGUUCCUGGGUGAGACAAACCAACAGGGCUGGAAAAUCAUCUCUGACAAGCAGGUUGAUGGGAAUAUCACAAAUACAUUUUUUCACGCUUUUGGAACUCCCCACUGGAGACUCUUUGAGAAAGUUAAUUCUAGAAAACUUUUCUCUUUGUUGUUCUGGUUCCCAGGUGGCUUUAAAACAAGGAUAUCCAUGUGCAAUUAGUUAUUCCUGGAUCAUUGUUUUGGUGCACUGUUGUAGUUUUUCAGUUCUUGGAAUUUAUUAAUUCUUGUUACUAAACCACAUGUUGUACAGUGGCUAAAGUUGAAUGACUAUACCUUGACUUUUGAGAUAGGCAUGGUUAUGCAUAAAUUCAUUCAUUUUUGUCUUAUGGGAGAGUAUAGUCCAAAUUCUUCUCUCAUGUCUGUAUAAAUCUGAAAUUAAACCAUUGAACUCAAUGGAACAGCUCCUCAGUUGAGUUCAGCUGAGCGAUGCAAAUUUAUACCCGCAGCGGCCCUAUGACUUUACUCCAUACUAGAGCUAUGCAAAUACUGCAGAACAGUAUGUACUUUCACAAGUAGCCUUGGUGAAAGUGUUUUGUGCUGCCAUCUUGAAAACUCUUUGUGGGCUUGGGUGUCAGUCAUUUAGUCAGGGAACUGAAACACUAUCCUGAGCUUUUGGUGACCUCAGUCACAGAGCACAAAUAGUGAAUUAGCAACAGCAAAUACUCAAAGCACAGUGAACAGUUCGUGAGCAAUCCAUGAGCUGAAAUACACUGGCAUCAAAUAUUUGUCAUUUUGAAUAAUGUACAAAUUCAUGAGUCAGUCUGUUGUUUGCAGAUAAUUCAUGAGUGGAAAAAGGCACUAAAUUUGUAAAAUUGCUGACUACUAAUAGUUUGGCAAAUUCUAUUGCAUUUAUGUUGGUAACUAAGAACAGAAUUUAGCCCCAUUUCUCUAUUUUGGAAGGAUACAGCUCAUGAUCAAAAGCCCUCUACAGCCACUGGGAAUCUUUCCAUUGGCUUUAAUGGGCUUUGGAUAAGGCUUAUUGUUUGUAGCAUCAAGGCUAUUUAUAGCAGCCUACAGCUUCCUGUAUUGCAGCAAGAUGCACGUUGUCCUUUAAGUCGGAUGGUUAAAUAUUCCUGCUGUUAUUGAAAUGAUAAAGCCUUACUUAGGGUAACUAUUAAAUCACUUUCCUUGGGAAAAACUAAAAGCUUUACACUGUAAGUGCUAAUUAAGCUUGAUUAGAAGAAGAAAGAGUUGAUUCUUGCUUGAAGGAAGAGACAUAGUUAAUAAACUGUUUAAUUUGUA